AUGGCACCUUACGACGACACCACGGCGGCCACGCGCUUUGAUUCCUUCCAAAUAUACGAGACGCACUUCAAACAGAUCGGCGACCACAAGAUACGAGUCGGCAUCCUAGUACCAAAUAACCUCAAGCCUGGCAAGGUUCCUCUCGCUGUUAAAUUUCACGGCGGGGGCCUCGUUGUGGGCGAUGCGUUGUUUCCGGAUUGGAUUGCCGCAUUCUGGGUUCCCUUCAUGCACCGUAACAAUGCUAUCACAGUCCUUCCCAACUAUCGUCUUUCUCCAGAAGCCAGCGGAGCCGACAUCCUCGAUGACCUCGCAGACUUCUGGACGUGGUUCUAUGAUAAGGGCGUCGACACAUAUUUUGCGUCUCAGAAUAUCCAUCUCGACCUCGAUUAUAAACGUUUGCUUGUCUCUGGGGACUCGGCCGGCGGCUACAUGGCUCUGCAGUCCGGCCUUACCAGGCCAAAGGGUGAGAUCAAAGCUGUGCUCGCACAAUACCCUAUGACGAACCACGCUCGUCGCUCUCCGGCAGACACGAUGCUUGGGAUGCAGGUUCCGUCCACAGACUGGCUCGACAAGAAGCUCGCUACUUUGAUCAAGCCUGGCGCUAUCAUAUCCUCUGCCAAUCCCUUGACGACUGAUCGCUUUGCACUUUCUAUGGCUCUCAAUGGCCAUGGACGUUUCAACGAGUUCUUUGGCGAGGGUAAACGAUUGUGGCCUAUUACUGCGGUAGAAGAUGUGGAAUCUUUGCCGCCUACGACCAUUUUCCACGCUACGGGGGACAGUGCUGUGGAUUUCCAAGACAGUGUAGACUUUGUUGAGAAGGCGAGGAGUGCUAUUCCUGACCUACACAUUAGGCUUGCAUAUGCGAAGGAAGGUGAUCAUGGGUUUGAUACUGCAUUGAAAGAGAAAGAGGAGCCGUGGUUGAAGCAAGAGUUGGAGUGGGUCGAAAGUCAGUGGCUAGCAUAG